CGUAUAUAUCUCCACUUGAAGUUGCAGCCAUAAUGAUUGAAUCUAGUUCAACGCAUCUGUCCAAUUUUAUAUUCCCUCAUUAAACACAUAACAUAACCAACUAACCGAAAAACGGUGUCAAUGUCCAAGCGACCACAUCACAUUCACAUCUAAAACAAACAAGAAGAAGAAGAACCCAUCACUCACACUCUGUAUCCUCUAAUGGCCGCCAAUCUCACCAACCUCACCAUCCCUCCUCCUCCUUCUUCUUCUUUUUCUUCUUCCCUUCCCGCAAUUGAUCCCUCUCCACAAGUCAUCCACAGUAGGUCCCACUCCUUCGUCGGUCCCUCCCCUCGCCUCCCCCCUCCCUCCGACUCCCUCUUCUUCCUCGAUGAACUCGCUUCCAACUCCGACUCCGACUCCGACGACCAAUCCCAACAACCCUUCCAACACAAAUUUGGACCCUCCGAUUUCCAAAUUCUCAAAGUCAUAGGACAAGGUGCCUUUGGCAAAGUCUUCAUGGUCAGAAGAAAAGGCGAUUCGGAUUCUCCCGACGCUGAUGGAAUCUUCGCUAUGAAGGUUAUGAGAAAAGACAACAUCAUUAAGAAAAACCACGUUGAUUACAUGAAAGCCGAGAGAGAUAUUCUCACUAAAGUUCUUCAUCCUUUCAUCGUUCCUCUUCGCUACUCUUUCCAAACUAAAUCUAAAUUAUAUUUGAUUUUGGACUUCAUAAAUGGAGGACAUCUUUUCUUUCAAUUAUGUCGACAAGGCAUUUUUAGUGAGGAUGAGGCAAGGAUUUAUACUGCUGAGAUUGUAUCUGCUGUUUCACAUCUUCAUAGCAAAGGCAUCGUGCAUCGGGAUCUUAAACCUGAAAACAUACUCAUGGAUUCUCAUGGCCAUGUGAUGUUAACUGAUUUUGGAAUGUCGAAAGAGAUAGAGGAAUCUGAGAGAUCUAACUCUUUGUGUGGGACUACAGAGUAUAUGGCUCCGGAAAUUCUUUUGGGUAAAGGUCAUAACAAGGAUGCAGAUUGGUGGAGUGUUGGUGUUCUCUUGUAUGAAAUGAUAACCGGGAAGGCACCAUUUAUACAUAAUAACAGAAAGAAGCUACAGGAGAAAAUUAUCAAAGAGAAAAUUAAACUUCCCCCGUACCUUACUGGUGAAGCUCAUUCUUUGCUCAAAGGAUUGCUGCAAAAGGAUCCGUCUACAAGGCUAGGCAGCGGGCCAAAUGGAGAUGAACAGAUCAAAAAUCAUAAGUGGUUCAGGACAAUCAAUUGGAACAAAUUGGAGGCAAGAGAAUUGCAACCGAAGUUUAAACCAUCUGAUGUGUCUGGAAAAGAUUGCACCGCUAAUUUUGAUCGAUGUUGGACGACAAUGCCGCUUGAGGACUCUCCAGCAUCAACUCCUACAGCAGGUGACCAUUUUCAGGGCUAUACUUAUGUUGCACCAAAUCCUUGGCUUUCUUCUAGAUAAAACUGAAACCAUUCAAGUCCAAAUGAAAAUGUUUAUAUGGGUUGAUAGAAAAGAAUAACCGAAGAAGGCAAGCCGUACUGACUUUAAAUUCUUUUUCUUGGUAAGUAACACAACACAAAUCUGUUCUCACUAAGAUGUUACCCUCUCUAUUGUAAAAGUUGUUUUUAUUCUAAAUGAGCAUUGUAAUGGUUUUUCUCACGGAUGAAUAUAGAGAGAAAUAGAGUUUUCAGUGGCUCUGAUGUAGCUUUAAUAUUUAUGAAAGUUAGUUUAGUUCUUGUUUUGAACUAAUAUUAAUCUUUGUUCAUAUCAACAUUUGACUAGCUAUUUCUCGGUAGGGCUUGUAUAUCGAUUUCUUGUUAGUCAAAAGCAUUCAAAUUGCUGCCAGUGUCCUGUUUUGUGACAGCUAAAGCUUACUUCUUGUGUAUUUUAGCUAUGAGCUAUUGAAGAUAUUAUUCCUUCUUGUGGUUUAAAAUCUAUAAUGGCACUAAUGUCUUCGGUUUUGUUUA